AUGGCAGAACCACCGAGUCAGGUCCCUUCGCCGUCCAGUGCGCCAGACGCUGAAGAACCAUCCCUGAUGCUGAUAGUGCUUCGCAUCCUCCUGAUCCACUUGGCCACCGGUUCCGGCUGCUUGCUCUUGGUCGCCGUGGUGUUCCUCCUCAUGGCUUUGUGCCGUUGCUUUGAAACACGACGAUGGAGGUCCAUGGCUGCGAGUUUCCUCAAUAAAAUCCCGCAUGGCAUCUACGUCGUGCCGUCUUCUCCUUCUCGACUGCCAUCGACUUCCGAUGACGUUCCCGAGCACCGGCUGGAUCACUGCGUUAUUUGCAUGGAAGAGUACGCGGGCGGCGAGCGGCUGUGGGUGAUGCCGGCAUGCAAGCAUGUGUUCCAUGAGGCCUGCAUCCAGCAAUGGUUGCUUAAGCCAGCAUUGACUUGCCCCAUCUGUAGGGACCAUGUGAUCCAUGCACAAGCCACCACUUCCGGAAACGACGGCGACGACGACGACGACGACAACAUCGAAGCCCCGUUAUUGGUCGGAACACAAUGA